AUGCUAUCAAGUAGUUCAUCUCAUGUUCCUCGACCUAUAAAACGUCAGAUUUUUUCUAAUGAACGACAAUAUCAAAUAUUAAAUUCACCAGUAUCGAUAAACUCUUCGGUUAGAAGUGAGAAGACGCCCCGAAAUGGAAGAUCAGACAAAAUUGUAUCACCAUCUGUCGUAAUUUUAAAACAAAGCAAACUUCAUACAGUAUCUAGUCAAAAAUCUACAUGGUUAACAAAAAAAUGUUUGGUGAGAAGUUUGGUUAUAGCGUGUGCACUAGCUAUUAUUGCCACUGUUGUAACAAUCGCAGUUAUAUUUACUCGACCACAUGGUUCAGACAACGCCACAACAUCGACGUCUUAUAAUGUCACUUCGGCGUAUUGGUCAUUUGACAAUACCACACAAGAUUUAUAUGGGGUGUAUAACGGAGUGCUAAUCAAUGGUGCCACAUACUAUACAUCACCGGCCAGUACAAAUGCAGCGACACCCUAUUUUGGGGUCGGUGCAUCUCUCUAUCUUCAAUCGUCAUUAAAUCAAUCAGUCCUCAUUAACAGUACAUUCUUCAAUUUUUCCUAUACGAGUUGGACGGUUGAAGCGUGGAUAUAUCCCACAGCAGUUGGUGGUGACGAUGAUAUUCUUGGACAAUGUGAAAGCAGUGUUGGUACAAAUCUUUGCCUGUAUUUGAUUCUACGUGGUAGCCGCAUGUUUAUGGGUUUCUCACCCAAUUAUCUGUCGGGUACAACUGUCUUGUCUUCCAAUGUCUGGCAUCAUCUUGCUUACGUUUACAAUUAUCAAACACAACAACAGAUUCUUUAUCUAGACGGUGUGCAAGACGCCAUACAAUCGAAUGUGUCACCCUAUCAAGGUCAAAAUGGAUCAAUAACCAUUGGUACGUCAGCAAUUUUGUCUUCAAGUAGUUUCUUCAAUGGUUACAUCGAUAAUGUUGCUCUUACGACAAGAGCAAAAUCUGCAACAGAAAUUCUCGCCGAUGGAACUUUGAGUUUUUAUUUCUCAUUUGAUAACCCAACUCCAUCGUUGGACAAUGGUCCAAACGGCCUCAAUUGUACAAUUUCAAAUGGAGCCACAGUUAGCGGGAGAGUAAAUCAGGCUAUACGAUUAAAUGGCGCUUCGUCAUACGUUCAAUUGUACGGCUUUUAUCAAUGGGGUUUUAUUUCUGCAAAACCAUUUUCAGUCGCCAUGUGGAUCAAUCCAAUUUCCACUUAUGGUGGUACACUAUUACAUUUCUCAAGUACAAGUACCGGUAGUAGUUGUCUUUCUCUCAUGGGCAUAACUUUAGGUGGUCAAAUAAUAGUACAGGCAUAUUAUAGCAAUAAUCCAUCUAUAGUUGGGCCACAGUUAUCGACUAACACUUGGACACACAUCGGCUAUACCUAUUCGACAACAAAUGGUAUGAUACUCUAUUACAAUGGUGCAGCGUAUCUAACGCUAGCUGUCUCCAGCUUUUACAAUAAUGGUUACAUAGAUUAUUUAAAUUUUGGUUCCAAUCUUGGUUGUUGUGGAUGUGCUAAUGUGCCUAAUUAUGCUUUUCAAGGAUCACUGGAUGAGUUGUAUGUUUAUAGACGAGAAAUUAGUGCAUCAGAAAUGUUAGCACUUGCUAAUCCAUAA